AUGGCCUCUCAAGCUUGCGAAUUGCCGUCCAUCUCGACUCCGGCCGCCGCGCCAGCCGCUGCUGAGCAAACCUCUAAACCCAAGCCUUGCUGCGUGUGCAAAGAGGAAAAGGCUAAGCGCGACGAGUGCAUGCUCUUCUCCAAGGCUGCCGACCCUGCCAAGGACUGCGUGUCCAUGAUCGACCAAUACCGGAGCUGUAUGAAGGGCUUUGGCUUUACGGUAUAA